UGAGGUUCAGAGGCGUGCGGGUUCAACAUUGCGCUGUAAACUUUGCACAGAACCUGUUUUGUAAAGAAUUAGAAUGAAAAAGCAAGACAUCGUCCAUAAUUGUUCUGUGCAAUGCAGUUCAAACUUCAGGGCCAGUUAAUCGAGCCAAAAUUCAGUCUGUUUUUUUUUUUUUUCUUAUCUGGGUGUUAAAUUUGCAAAAUAGAGUUCUCGUCCCAAAUUUGGACAAGAGCUAGGAUUAUUAGAACAGUAUAUGAAAACAACGAUUGUAUACAUUAUGCAUGUGUUGUUUUUUAAAUGUAUUUUGUGUUCUGUAGUUAUCUGUGUCUCUGCUGUUUAUGUUUGUAGCUGUGAGUGGCGCAGUCACUGUGUUUGUUCCGGGCGUGUGUUGCACUGUUAGAGUCCGAAGUGAAAAUAGGUGAUAUAACGGACAGGAGUCGUGGGGCUCAGACUCAAAUUAGGGCACACUUGAGGGAAUUUGGGGGGAUUCAAAAAUAACUCCUAAAAGUGUUGAAAUCCUCCGCCACGUUGUGAUGCAUACGCGAUCAUCACAAAUACAAGCACACACCUGAGCCCUGGUCUGCAGGGGCAAAAAGGCGAGCCCUCCAGCUUCCCCGGGGAGUUUGACCGACUGGACUCUCAGAAAAGAUACUCAGUACCUACCCAGGCUGGCAGUUCUCCUUGGCAGUCUCCCGUUGGAACUGGCACCGCAGCAGGUCCACAUGAGGGACGGGGAUGGCAGAUCCGACCUACGUCUUGUGCCUGUGGGAAGGGCGCCUUUGGCCAGCGAAGAUUUUGCAACGAGCUGCUGUCCGCUCCAAAACCAGCAAAGAUAAUAUUGAGGUGGAAAUAUUUUGCAAGGAAAAGCGGGUGUUGAUAAAUCAGGCUGACACAGCCCCACUCUCCCAACAAAAUAUUGAAGACAUCUCCCGACAGCUUGACUUGGAUUCCAAUCGGCAGCAUGUUUUAAACAUAUUUACUAACGAAGAUGACAGCGACGAAGAGUUUUGGGGUUUCCCCAGUGAGAGCCACAGGACUGAUCAAAAACUGGAAGCCAUCCAACCUGACCCUGUAAAAGAGUUGCUGUACAGGAAAGCUCUCCGCCUAGCGCUGAAUGUUUUAUCCGAAAACGCUUCCUGCCCCUCUCCGAUCAGCCCUGGGAAGAGAAAAAGAGGAAGACCAAAACAACAAACGGGUACCGGCCCCUUAAAACCGGAUUGUGACAUCAAAACAGAGGGCACACCCCCAGCACUGCCCCCUGGUGGGAGUGGCACUCUACAGCACUGUGAAGCCGUGACACCAGGGAAGAGGGGGAAGCUGAAGAAGGUCGAGGCUUCCAAUGACUCGACAACAGAACUAAAAACCACAAGUAGUUUGAAAGUGGAAAGAGGGAUUAAGAGGGGCAGGAGAUGUCCUCCAGCACUACCCCCUGGUGGGAGUGGCACUCUACAGGACUGUGAAGCCGUGACACCAGGAAAAAGGGGGAGGCCGAAGAAGGUCAAGGGCCCCAAUGACUCUACAACAGAACUAAAAACCACAAGCAGUUUGAAAGAGGAAAGAGGGAUUCCGAGGGGCAAAUGUCCCCCAGCACUGCCCCCUGGUGGGAGUGGCACUCUACAGCACUGUGAAGCUGUGACACCAAGAAAGAGGGGCAGGCCGAAAAAGUUCAAGGGCCCCAAUGACUCUACAACAGAACUAAAAACCACAAGUAGUUUGAAAGAGGAAAGCGGGAUUCCGAGGGGCAGGAGAGAGCCAGACUCCAAAGACGUUGCCCAGUCCCCUCUGGAGACACUAAGCCCAUGUUCACCAAGAAUAAAAGCCGUAUCGUCGAAGAACCAGAACAGCAAGAGGAACUGUUUGCUUGGCUCUCCCCUGACAGACUCUGGAGGAAUAGAACUGGAGCGGACUCCAGGUUUUCACCCUCCCAUUCGCAGUUCCACGCCAGACAGCCUCUUGAGAACAGAUUUGGGAUGCAGUGGGAUUGGGAGCCCUGGGAAAUCUCCGCAGGGAACGCCCAAGAGGAAAGUGGGAAGGCCACCGUCUAGACACUUACGGAAACUUUCGUGGGAGUGUUGUGGUCCAAAGCACCUGCAGUCCAAGUGUGAACAAGGGCAAGCCCCCAGAAGAAGCAGGAGGAGACAGGAGACGGGUCAGCUGACCGCUGCUGGUUUGAAGGGACAACGUGGGGGGCUAGAGAAGGACCGUGGCUGUGUGGGCGUGGCUCUGGAGCAGCCCCCAGUGGUAAAUCCACGGAGAUGGAACAGGAGCUCCCCGGACCUGGCUGUAAACAACGAGAGAGGACAGGGGUGGACCCUCAACCCACAAGCACUGCAGAAGGAAGCAGACCACACAGAGGAGCCGCCACGCAGCACGGUCACGUUUGAGCUGCCGCAGUUCGAUCUGGAAGAAAAUGGGAGGGGCUCGCUGUCCUCGGACCUGUCCAUAGAGAUGAGUUUACUGAACGAGUCCACGCUGGACAGCUCGCUGCAGGAGGACGAGGAGGAGGAUGAGCUGGAGCUGCCCAGCUUCAUGAAGGACAGGGAGCCGUGUUCCAUAACAGAAGGAAUGUGUGUGUGGUGUAAAUUCAAGAAGUACCCCUUCUGGCCAGCGCUGGUAAAAAGUGUGAACCACAAGAAUAAGAAGGCAAGCAUUAUCUUCGUUGACGAUUUACUGUUGGACAAGAACAAGUUUCGAAAGGGCAUGUGUGUGUCUUUAAGAACCCUGAAACCUUUUGAUUGUGAAGAGAGGGAGCAGUAUAUAACAACUGCUCGAGAAACCUAUCACCGUGCCAUUGACUGGUGUGUGGCGUUGAUUGACGACUACAGCAUUCGAAUAGCUUGUGGUUCCUUCUCUGGCUCUCUUGCGGAAUACUGUGUGGACGAUAUCAGCUACCCAGUCCGAAGGGAGUUCCUCCAGGGCCCCUCCAGAAUGACGUUCCCCAGUAACCUGCUGAUGCUGGAGGAGGACAACUUGGACUGCCAGACUGGCGGCCCCCACUGCCGUCGAGCCCCCUCCAAGAAGCUGCUGCCCGACCGCUCGCGCGCGGCCCGGGACAAGGCCAACGAGAAGCUGGUGCAGUACAUCGUGAAGGCCCGCGGCGUGGAGAAGCACCUGCAGGCGAUCAUCGCGGGCAGGAAGGCGUCGCGCUGGCUGGCGGAGUUCCUCCAUCGCAGCCGCUUCCUCAAGUGGGUGGACACCUACCUGGAGGACGAUGCCCAGCUGGAGGUUCUGGUGAACUACCUGCAGUCCGUCUGCGAGAGCGUGCAGAACACACAGCUGUCAGUGGAGCUGGACCGCAUCCGCUUCAUACUGGACGUGCUCCUGCCAGAGGCUGUGAUCGGAGCCAUCGCUGCUGUUGACAAUAUCUCGCUGGAGAAGGCCGAGGAGAAGUAUAUGAAGGGCCCGGUCUUCAGUGAACGGGAAAUCGAAGAAUUCAACAGACAGAUCGAGAAGGAGGUCAAGAUGAAGACCCGAUCGCUUGGCGUCCAGCAACACUAGUCGCACCGCAGGGAACGGAGGCGUUUACAUGGAGUGCCAUUCUCUUAUUGGCAUAUCUGCUUGGGCCGUUGACUGAGGAGAGAAAGACCGAGCAACAUCCUUCAUGCACAAGGGACCCUGUCCUGACACCUGGGAUUAUUGUGUCAAAGUAUUCAUUCCUAAUAACGGAGGAGGGGGUCUCAUUCAAAUUGUAUUGAUCUUACCAGAAUUCUACACCCCUGGUUAGCUGUAGACUUUUUAUUCCACCUUUCAAUCUGUUGGUUUGUGUAAAUGUAUGAACAGCCAUUAAGGAGCCCUAAACCUUCCCAGAAUCCUACUGGAAAAUGACUUUGGAGUGCAGCCAAGAGUGCAACUCUAAAUACACACACAAUACAGUCGUGUUUGAGAGAGGAGUGUUAAACGAGACAGAACCCAGCAGCAGUGCCCUGCGGUUGUAUUUCAGAUAUUUGUUGUAUAUUUCAUCCCCCGCGAUGGGGAGACGGUUGUACGUAUGUCACACUUGACAGAUUUCUCAACGUAUCUGAAAAGGCGAUUACCCCAUUGUCAUGAAACUUGGUAUUAGCAUUAUUUAGCACAAUUUGUUCAUUUUUGAUUCUGGAGAUACAGGGCGGUGUCUGUCUGUCUGUACAGACGCCCGUCUGUAUAUCACAUUUUUAGCAUCUAUCUAAAGAACUGCUUAUCCAAUCAUCCUGAGCAUUAUUUAGCAUUUAUCUGAAGAAUCACUUAUCAUUCUUCUGUGCAUACUGUUGCUGUAUGAACAUGUUAGGUCGUGCUCAUGGAUUAAAUACAGAACUCCAUUGCUGUUCAUGGUGUAUCCUCUGCCUUUACAUUAUUACUGACUGGCUUUUAAAAAACAUUUGCAGCUUGUGGGUGCAAAGCUUCAAUAACCGAAAUAUAAAACAUGCAUGAUGCACGUGGUCGUCCUGUUUUAGUAUUCCAUAGCAACAGCAAUUAUUACAUCCAGUAAUGAUACAAAUUAAACCCUGAAACCACUAAUACACGUCUGUUUUUCUUCAGACUGCACAACGUUGGUUAGUACAGUUCAUUUCAUUUACCUCGUUCUGUCACUGAAAAGUCCAUCUCGAAUGAGCCACUGAAACGGACGUACUGCUCAUCUGUGCUGUAUUUUUUUUUCAUGCAUUAACAGCACUUCACAGUGUAAAAAUAGAUAUUUCACAAUAUUUCAUCAUUAAACAAAGCUGGUGCAGUUGGCGGCAGGUUUUUUACGAAGAGAAAAAAAUAAAUAUUUAUAGUAUCAUGAUUGUAAAACACUGUAAUAGGAAACGUGAACUUCAAUGUAAAAUUUGAAAUAGAAAAUAUAAAGAUGACUAGGAAUACUAAAUCAAGUCUACUUUUGCUAUUGAAAAUGUACAGUGUAGACAGUAAACGACAUAGCUUUAAACGUUGAAUCAAUGAACGCGGAUCUACAGCCUUAAUUGGAUCAUAUUUUCUGGUCUCUGUUUUAAUUGUGUGUUGUGUAGUCGCAAUGUUACUGCGCAGAGCUCCACAGCCUACUGUUACAAUAAAUAGUGUUGACAUAAUGUUAGCAUGCAGUGUUUGAGAAGUACUUCUCUCAAGCCCUUAUGACAUUUAGCUUCAUUUUUAACUGCUGAAUAUCAAACUAAUUUGAGUAUGGUGGAAAUAUUUUCUAUCUGUAAGCCUUAACGGGAGGAAUGAAAUACAUAUGAUUGACUGUUAACUACUUUUGUAUUCAACAGUGCUGAGUAAUUUUUUUUUCUGGAUCUUUUUUAAGAAUCUGUCUUGUGUUCAUUCAAACCCAACGACGGGACAACUGGGUGAAUCAAACUCACGUUGAAAAGCUGAUCCACAGCUUGGUGUAGACAGCAAUCCCGCGGGUUUCUCUGCUUUCAUUUCAACGUGUUUUGUUUUCCAUACAUUGUACUUGACUGCUCUAUUAAAGAAACGCUGUGUUUAAUUCACUCGCAGGGUAACCAGCACUUCACCAGCCUCCGCUGUUAUUUUAGAUGCAUAGGUAUUUUUAUUGAGUGUGUGUGCCGACCAGUAAUGAGAGAGCUCUAUCUCUGGACUGUGAGCCAAGAUUUGAAUAUGAUUAAUCAGCUAAGCCCAGGUUCCAAGUGCUGAGCUCUACUGAACUGAAGUAAACUGGGCUCCAAAUGACCCUGCCCGACUGGCAGCGAAUGACAUCAAAUCCGAGCUCUGCACAUUUUACUUCAGGGAGUAAUGGUGCUUCAUGCUUUUGUAAAUAGUUUAUUAUAAAUAUUUCUGUUUUUAAAAUCAAGACGCCCCCUACCUGUCUUAAAGGGUGGGUUCAAGUAAGGGAUGUAAAUAUGCAAGUAUAUGUGGGUUUGGGCUUCUGUUUUUUUUUUCUUAAUUCAUUAUUUUUGUAAUAAAUGUAAUUGCAAACAUUAUGAUGUGAGAUUGUUUGUUUUAAAGUAACGGCCCUGUUAUAUUGUUAGAUUGUUUAUUGUCCUAUUACCCUGACACAAAACUGUAAGCUUUUGUUUGUUUGGUUUGCCCCAUUCACUUCCUGUGUCACAGAUAACAGUACCCCACUUUGAUUCAGUUGUGCAGAGUGUAAGGCUAAGGUGGGUUGCAGUUACUAGUGGUAAGUUUUGCCCAAGAUCAAAUCCGUUUCAAUCAGCCCCAGUUAGGACUGCAGGCUGGCAGGACUCCAUCUCUCCACUUGCUAACCCAAUUAGUUGAUUGUUGGCAGUGAAAUUUGAACUAGUUUGACUAAAAUUGUGUUGUAAUUUUUUUUUGUUGAGAAAUACAUGUUGGUAGUGUCUCGCUACUUAAUUUGAAAUAAUUUGCAGCAAAAUUGAAAUAUUUGAGAAUCAAAUUGAUGCAAACUCUGUGUCUCAGAACUACGAUAUAUAUAUAUAUAUAUAUAUAUAUAUAUAUAUAUAUAUAUAUAUAUAUAUAUAUAUAUAUAUAUAUAUAUAUAUAUAUAUAUAUACAUUUAUGUGGAGGUUGUGUGGUCCAGUGGUUAAAGAAAAGGGCUUGUAAUCAGGAGGUCCCCGGUUCCCGUCCCACUGACUCAUUGUGUGACCCUAAGUAAGUCACUUAACCGCCUUGUGCUCUAGUUUCGGGUGAGACGUAGUUGUAAGUGACUCUGCAGCUGAUGCAUAGUUCACACACCCUAGUCUCUGUAAGUCACCUUGGAUAAAGGCGUCUCCUAAAUAAAUAUAUAUAUAUAACCGUGUAAAAUUGUAAUGUUAAGCUCCGUGUUAGUGGGGGAAGGGGGCAUUUGUGUGUGUGUGUAUUGUGUUUUGAUAAUUUUACGAUAUAAGUUAAAAUAAAAAUAAAAAAGCCUUCAUACCGGA